GAGCCAAGAGCAAGCUUGCCGAGAGAAAAGUUUAUCAGCAGCACUCUUCAAACUUGCUGUAGACCCGAUUGCUCGCUCACUGGUCCGCCACAGAGAUUGUACACCAUGUAUAGCUUUGUGGACCAGAUUCGCCAGCAUAGGCAGACACUGUUAUUAAUAUUAGCGACAAUAACAGUUUUCGCUGUAGUAUGUCAGGGACAAGAAUCAUCGUUUUCACUUAGCAUAAGCUCGGGAGAGCCCCUACUACCAUGUGUAUACCGAGGACAACCGUAUCUCCACGCAGAAUCGUGGAGUGUUGAUGAAUGUACGAUUUGUAGUUGUGACAAUGCCACCACGACCUGUGUGAUUGAGAGUUGCCAGCCCGCCUUCUGUGUUGAACCCAUCAAACCGGAAGGAGAAUGUUGCUUCUUGUGUCCUUUCAAUGUGAAGGUGAAGAAGGUAGCGCCGGUGAUCACCAGUACAGGCAGUAUCUCAGAAGGCCGAGAGAACCGACUGACUCUCAGGGUACCCAUCAAGUUUCAGGAAGCUCAGGAUACAACGGGUGUCGCGGGAGAAGGUCUCUGGAGACUCAGUGCCUGGGCCUCGCCCAAUAUGGAUGGCAGGGGACAAAGAUUCGGCUAUCAAAGUCAGACCCUUACCGAGGCCCAGCAGGCAAAGCACUACAAAAAGAAGGACUCCUUUAAUUUCCAGGACGUGGACUUCAGACUCACAGACCCAAUGGCCCAGUGUACUGACAUGAUGUACAUCUGUACUCGAUUGGACCGUGGCGAGAGCCCCAGGACCAAGGGAGGUCUGGACUACGAGUUCUCUGGCUUUCCUGAUGAUAAUGCACUCACUGGAUGUACAACCGCUCCAGAAUGCAAAGGUGUCCAAGCCAGAGGCUUGAGCUGGCGUUACACCGCAGACAACAUCAUCGCUGGAAUGGAGAAUGAACUCUCUAUCGAUGCCACCGUCCUGUUCACAGACACCACUGCUCCCGUUACUGGCAAUAACCUUUGGAGGCUUGCCCUGUAUGGCAGCAAGAAUCUGGACGGUAGUGGCGAGAGGUUCAACUACAAUGAGCAGACCCUGAACAACAUAGAGGUCUCCAAGAACCUAGAAGAAGGAGGCCCUCUUGAGUUCACGGAAGCCACAGCCAUGUUUGAUGUGGCUGCCAUCGGGUGUGGUCCGUUUGGAUAUGCCUGUAUGGAUUUCACAAGGAAUGAUGAUGCUGAUCCAUUCUUCGGCUUUUCGGUGCUCCCAGAGGGCGAUGUUAUCACUCUUUGUCAAGAGAGCCCUUGCAGAGCAGAUCUGAGUAUCACCCGCGUUCAGGACACUGUCCUGAGUGGUACAGUCAUAGAUGGCCGUGAUUCAAAUGCUUACUCUAUGGAUGUGGCCAUCAGUGGCGCAGGAGUAGGUGUUGCAGGCAACGGCCUCUGGAAGUUGAAUGCCUUUGGAAGCUCCAAUGCCAAUGGUGCAGGACAGCGCUACAGUGAGAGAUCACAGGUUCUCACCAGUGGUCAGCAAGACCAAACCUUCCGCGUCACCGAGGACAUGCUCUUUAGCAAUGUUGACUUUGAUCUUAGCAUGCGAGGCCUGACAUGUGCUGAAGUUCAGUUUGUCUGUGUGGAGUUUGCCAAGGGGGAUUCCCCAGACACUGUCUUUAACCUCAUCCCUGUACCCGAUGACAGUGUAAUGGUUAGCUGUUCUCCAGCGGAAUGUGAAGGAGUAUUUGCCGAGGAUCUUGAAUGGACUCUGGAGCCUGUUGAGCCCGUCUUCCCUGGAGAAGAGAGCUCCGUCAGCCUUGACAGCACCGUUACCUUCCGUGAUGGCAACCGCGAGCUGGUCGGCAGCGGCCUCUGGCGCCAGGGCCUCUUUGGCAGCAGGAACAGGGAUGGUAGCGGAGAGCGCUUCAACUACAAGCGCCAGACCCUUGACAGGCCCCAGGCCAGUACCACCCUGAUUGCCGAUAGCCCCCUUGAAGUCCAGGAUGCUAUCACUGACUUUGAGAUUGGAACCGUGGGAUGCAAUGACUUUAACUACCUUUGUCUGGAAUUUACCGGAGGGGACAACCCCAACCCUGAUUACUUCUUCCGAGUGAUUGAUGCCAUGGACAACAGCGCCGAGGCUAACACACUCGUCAAGUGUAAAGAGCAGGAGUGUCUCUCUAAGGCCAUAUUCACCGACUUAGAGGCUGAUCUUGGUAACCAGAUUAUCUAUGAAAACAAGAGGAACCCACUGAGUGUUGACCUGACCGGCGUCACCCAUGACGAUGCUACCAAUGUCCGAGGAGACCAGCUAUGGAAGAUGGCCGUCUAUGGCAGCCGCAGAGCUGAUGGCUCCGGACCCAAGGCUGGACUCGAAGAGCAGAUCCUGGAUCCCACUGAAGCAUCCACUACCCUGUUGGACGAGGAGAACCUCAUGAUGAACAACGUUAACUUUGAAUUUGAUAUGACGGGCAUUCGCUGCGAGGAUGCUGAAUGGGUCUGCUUUGAUCUGGAUAAGAACAACAGGGCUAGCGUGAACUACAUCUUUGAGGCUCGCCCUGAUGAAUCAGUGAUCACCGAGUGCAUUGACAUGAGGGAUCGUUGCAAGGGUGUCACCGCUAUUGACAUUGAUUGGGAAGCUGACGUUGGUGAUGCUCCAUUCGGUCAACCAUCUCCUCUUACCCUCACUGCCGACAUCAACUUCGACCCACUGAGUCCCGAUGUCAAUGGACAAGGCUUGUGGCAGCUUGGUGUGUUCGCUGCUACCAGACCCGACGGUGAUGGUCCUCGCAGGGACGAAAUCUCCCAGACCCUGGACCCCUUCAAUGGGGCCAAACCGCUCGAGGAAGGUGGACCUCUAGAAUUUGACAACGUCUUGACCAACUUCCCAAUUGACGAACUCGGCUGUGACGACUACCGUUACCUCUGUGUGGAAUUCAAGCAGGGUGUGGCCCCUACCCCUGGAUACAAAUUCGAGACCCAAGCAGGAACCGAUUCCAUCAUUUCUUGCCGGGAGCAACCCUGUAGAGGUGUUGAGGUUUCCGAACUACAUUCCCAACCUACUGAGACACUCUCUGACCUGAUACUGUAUGAAGGAAAGGAUACUAAUCCUAUCCAGUACAACUCAGUUGCAACCACAACCCCUGAUUCUGGUACCGUACGUGGUGUGGAUCUCUGGACCCUCAGCCAGUGGGGUAGCGAGCGCGCCAACGGCAACGGACCCCAACAAAACUACCAGGAGGAGGUUCUCUCCGGCUAUCAUGCUGCCCUCCCUGUUAUGGCUGCUGGUGAUACUCUAGACUUUGUGCCCCUCGCCACCAACUUUGAUAUGACAGGCCUCCGCUGUCCUCAGGUCAAAUACAUCUGUAAUGAGCUCAGCAAGGACCCAAGAUCCAGACCUGAUUUUGAAUUUACUGCUGUCCCUGAUGAAACUGUACUCAGGAGUUGCUUUGAGGUACCCGAUGGAGCUUGCAAAGGUGUUGUUUUCACCGACUUGGAUUGGGAUAUGAGCCACGGACCAGUAUCUGCUGAUGGCCCAGAUGAUGUGCGCUUCAACGUUGAUGUGAGCACUCUGCCCGAGAGUGGUGGAGCCGAUGGUGAUGGCUUGUGGCGUAUUGGUGUCUUUGGAGCCCAGAACCCACAGGGAACCGGACCCCGUCUUGAUUACAAGCGCCAGAUCCUGACCCGUGGCCAAUCCUCUACCCCAGCUGAAGGUGAAGGCAUGCCCCUUGAGCUGAACGCUCUGGAGACCGAGUUCGACCUGUCCCAGAUUGGCUGUGAUUCCGAGUACCGCUGGCUGUGUCUGGAGUUCGCCAAGGGUCUACGUGCUAGCCCUGACUUCGAGUUUGAGAUCAAUGGUGGUGGAGAUGUUAUCAUCAGCUGCAAGGAGCAGCCUUGCCGAAGACCGGUAAUGAUCAAUGAUGUUGAGACCAAUCCUCUUGGCAACGUUCGUGUGAACGAGGGCACCCGCAACAACCGCAUCUUGUACGAAAUGACAGCCUUAACCGACCCAUCCAGUGGAAAGGCCCAGGGAAAGAACCUGUGGGAGAUGUCUACUUUUGGAAGCAGCUUCCCAGAUGGCCGUGGUAGGCGAUUCAACCCCCAGACUGCAUACACCUUCACCCAGUACCAGAAGGACAAAUCUGCCUUCCCUGGUGAGAACAUCCGCUAUGGAGCUGUGGACACCAACAUGGAUAUGACAGGCUUGACUUGCAACGAUGUCAGGUACUUCUGUUCUGAGCUCCGCAAGGGAGAUUAUCCUAGCCCAGAUUUUGAAAUGAUCGCCAACCCCACAGAAGAUGUAUUGACUGAUUGCUUUGAGCUGAACUGUGAAGGAGUUUUGAUCGACAACACCAGGCUAUCUCUGAACUCUGACUCUGAGCUGUCCGAUGGACCCAACGACCUGUCCUUCGACUUCACCGUCAACUCCAACCCCACUGGAGGAGAUGCAGCCGGUAACAACCUCUGGCGUCUUGAGACUUUCACUUCCAACAACAAUGACGGCUCUGGCAGGCGCGACAUCCUGCGUACCCAGACUCUGGACCCUGCCGAUGCCAGCUACGAUCUUGAUGCCGGAAACACGAUGGUCUUCCGUAACCUAGAGGCCCUUGUUGACUCUGCUGAUGUCAACUGCGAAGAAGACUACUAUCUCUGUGCUGAGCUCUCAAAGCAUGUUGCCGCUUCCUCGGGUUUCUCAAUGAGAGCCACCAGAGAGAAUGCUCUUACUAGUUGUAGACUUAUUCGUUGUGCCAAGGCUGCUCCACCUCCAGUGCAAGGUCGACCAGGACCUAAGGGAGCCAAGGGAGAACCAUUUGACAUCCCACCCGGUAUGGUUGGACCCCCUGGAAGACCUGGAUUGGCUGGAUCAGUUGGAUACCAUGGACGCCGUGGACCUAAUGGACUCAGUGGACCUGCUGGACAAAGGGGAGAAGAUGGACGUGAUGGUAACUCUGGUAACCGUGGAACCCCUGGACCCCCUGGACCUCCUGGCCCUCCUGGUGAGAUGACUGCUGCUGCCCAGCAGUCUAAGGGACCUGCUUACACUGCACCCAUCUACAAUACCGCACCUGGCCGUCCUGGAUCCGCUGGAUACAGUGGACACCGUGGAGCACGUGGACCACAAGGAUUGACCGGACCAAUGGGACCCCAAGGAUCCGCAGGACCUAUGGGAAUGUCUGGACCCCGUGGAGCACGUGGUGAAGAUGGAGAGGAUGGCAAUGAUGGACAAAAUGGAAGGCAAGGAGAAAUUGGACUUGUAGGAAUCAGUGGCCGACCUGGUCUAGGUGGAAUGCACGGAAUGUCAGGCAACCCAGGACACAAAGGAUGGGGUGGCCGUCAUGGAGCUCCCGGAGCAGCUGGAGAGAGGGGAGAAGCUGGAGAAGGUGGUAACAUGGGCGCAAGCGGACCCGUCGGAGCAGUAGGAAAUCCUGGACAACGUGGACCAAGUGGAUCUCGUGGAGGUGCUGGAUCUAAGGGACCUAUGGGAGAUUCCGGAGAGCGUGGAUCUAAUGGAGAACAAGGACCAACCGGAAACAUGGGACCUCUUGGACCAUCUGGACUACCCGGAGCGAAUGGAGCAACGGGAGACUCAGGUAUGCAAGGAGGACAGGGAUCAUCUGGACCAGUCGGUCUUGUAGGAGAGUCUGGUUCUCGUGGCAAAUCUGGUUCUGCUGGUGCCCCUGGUAUCCCCGGAUCCAGUGGAGACAGUGGAAUUAUUGGAGAAAUGGGAAUUCAAGGAGAGGUUGGAGGACCAGGCAGGAAUGGAGCCCCUGGACUUCAGGGAUCUAUUGGACCCGUUGGUAUUGGUGGAGAAAGGGGAGAUGCCGGUCUCCCAGGAUACAUGGGAUUGACUGGAAGCCGUGGACCUGCAGGACCAUCGGGAGCCCGUGGAAUUGGUGGAGAACCUGGACCAGCUGGCAACAGUGGAUCAGAGGGAGAAACUGGAUCGACUGGACCUUCCGGACCUCGUGGACCAAUGGGAGAACUCGGAAUGGGUGGUGGACCUGGAAUGCUUGGAGCCCCUGGAAACAGUGGAUUCAUGGGUGAUCAGGGCGAGUCUGGUGAACAGGGAAGCCCUGGUGAGCCUGGAUCGAGGGGAACUAAUGGCGAGCCUGGUACCCCUGGACAGACUGGACCCAACGGCGCACCUGGUGAAGACGGUCUUGCUGGAAACGAUGGAAAGACUGGCGCAACCGGUACCCCAGGUAGGAGUGGACCUCCUGGAGCCAAUGGUGACCGAGGAGGCAUGGGACCCCCAGGAGCACAAGGACCCCCAGGCAUUGGUGGAGAAACUGGAUUCAAUGGCAACACUGGAAUUCAAGGAACCCCUGGAACCCGUGGAGAGGCUGGUGUUGAUGGAGAGCCCGGUGCAGCUGGUCAAUCUGGUCUUCCUGGAUCUCCUGGUAACCGUGGAGAUUCUGGUACCCAAGGACCCGUUGGUAUUGGUGGAUCUCAGGGAGCCCCUGGUCAACCUGGAUUGACUGGAACCCGUGGAGCCCGAGGAAACAAUGGACCUAGUGGACCCCGUGGAGGACUCGGUGUCUCCGGAGACGCUGGCGAACAAGGUCUGCGUGGAGCUGCUGGACUCCAGGGAGCCUCAGGUAUUGUUGGAGAACGUGGAACCGAGGGACGUUCAGGACGAAAUGGAGAAGUUGGACCUACUGGAAUUGGCGGAAGCAUGGGACAACCUGGUCUUCGUGGAUUACCUGGACCACCUGGUCUUCGUGGUGGUGUUGGAGGUCUUGGUGAGAUGGGUACACAGGGUGACCGUGGACCAUCUGGACCCUCUGGACCCUCUGGAAGGACUGGUGAAGCUGGUGGCUUGGGACCUUUGGGACCUAUGGGUGUGACCGGACAACGAGGAGACAAUGGCAACCCCGGAGACCCAGGACCAAACGGACCCUCAGGACUAAAGGGAACACGCGGAGCUGGCGGAGAGAAGGGAUCAAUGGGAUCUCGUGGAAUCCCCGGAAACCCUGGACCUGGUGGCGCCCCUGGUGAACGUGGACCUAGUGGCUUGAACGGAGAGAAGGGAGAAGCUGGACCUUUUGGUAGCCAGGGUAGACCUGGUAGGAGCGGACCUCAGGGUAACAUGGGCGCCCGUGGAGAACGUGGUGAAACUGGCAACCAAGGAGCACUUGGACCUAGUGGAUCAUCUGGAAUGAAUGGACCUCCAGGAGUCGUUGGAGAACCAGGACCUACUGGACCCGUUGGACCAACUGGCCGCUCUGGUGAAGAUGGACGUAUGGGAAGCCGUGGACCUCAAGGAAACCAAGGAGUACGUGGACCCCCAGGAGUCCAGGGAUUGAUGGGAUCUCAGGGAAGCAGCGGAGAAGAUGGACGUGAUGGACAUGUGGGACCUCCUGGACCUAUGGGAGCCAUGGGACAGGCUGGAAAUCUAGGAAACUUGGGAUCUCAUGGAUUCAUGGGUCCACCUGGACCUGCCGGACCCCAAGGAAGACCUGGAGUCAGUGGCGAAGCUGGACGUGAUGGAGCCAAUGGAGAGCGUGGAGAAGGUGGACGCAUGGGACCAUCCGGACCUGUGGGAGUCCGUGGAAUGCCAGGAAGUGAUGGCCGUGAUGGUAAGGAUGGACCAGCUGGACCCGUUGGACUUGUUGGUGGUCGUGGAGACACCGGAGCCAAGGGAAACAACGGAAUGAACGGACUUAUGGGACCACGUGGACCUUCUGGAAUCAUGGGAGCACAGGGAGAACGUGGAAACCGUGGCAAGCAAGGAGCACAAGGAUCUGUCGGCAACGUUGGAGAAUCUGGUGGCACUGGACCCAUGGGAUCUAUGGGACCUGCUGGAGCCCGUGGUGAAGUUGGUAGCCAAGGAGCCACCGGACACAAAGGACAGAAUGGUAUGCCCGGUAUGCCUGGUAUGAUGGGAGUUGCUGGUGAGCCAGGAAACAAUGGAGAAGGUGGACCACAGGGUAUCCGAGGUAUCCCCGGAGUUGUUGGAGAGGGUGGAAAGUCUGGACGAGGAGGACCUCGUGGACCCCCUGGACUUCGUGGAGGCAAUGGAGGACGUGGAGAGCGUGGAAACCUUGGACCUUCAGGACCCCCAGGCCCAGCUGGACCCCCAGGACCACCCGGUGAAGUCUCAAUGGCCGCUAUGCCACGUAUGCCACAACAACAACAAUCUAAGGGACCUUCUCAGUAUUCUCACUACUACCGUGACGAGAUCCCCAAGACCGUGGAGCAGCUCGACAGGACCCAAUUCCAGAUUUACCUUGCCAAAUUCGAGAGCGAAAUCCUCUCCCUCAUUGAACCUCUGGGAAGCCGUGACCAGCCCAUCCGUAGCUGCAAGGACCUCUUCAAGUGCUACCCAGAAGCUGAAGAUGGUAACUACUGGAUCGACUCCAACGAAGGAUCCGUCAAGGAUGCUUUCCUGGCUCACUGUGUCAAGCGUGGAGAGAGUGGCAGCCCAGAGACUUGCAUCACACCACGAGUGGACGAGAUCUCUCGUGCAAGAUGGUAUGAAGGUGCAUCUGGAUCAAGAUAUAUCACCGAAAUGGGUCUAGAAAAGUUCUCAUAUGAGGCCAGUGAAGUACAACUUACCUUCCUGCGUCUGCUGUCCACCAAGGCUCACCAGAACGUGACCUACCACUGUAAGAACUCUGUGGCUGUACGCGACAGGCAGACUGGAUCAACAGAGCAGGCUCUGAGACUCAUGACAACAUCAGAUGUAGAGUUAUCACUUGAUGCACCAAGCCAGGAGCAAUACGAAGUUAUUGAAGACGGAUGUCAAGAGCGUUCAGCAGAAUGGAGCCAGACUGUUAUAAACUAUUCCACCAGGAGAAAUACCCGUCUCCCAAUUGUUGAUGUUGCUCCUUCAGAUAUUGGAGGAGAAGGUCAAGAAUUCGGUAUCACUCUGGGACCAGUCUGUUUCUCAUAGAGUCUGACCCCUUUCUAAACUAUCUUGAACUGUCUUUGAAAUUACAGCAGCAAAAAGAAGAAAAAAAAAUGAUAAAAUGUUAGGACUAUUUAUGAUGUCCUCUGGCAGCCUCAUAAAAUUGGAGCAACCCUUUUCUCGUCUGGUGUGUGUUUUUGAUCUUUGAAUACUGAAAUUCUUGCCAUAGUGUUUGCGAAGCAAUAAUGAAUUAUUUGUAGGGAAGUCUCUAAAUUUGUGGCUUGAAAAUUUAUCAAAAGAAUUAAAAAAGAAAAGGACAAAUUUGAAGACUCCAGUGACACGAAUUUUUCUGAAGGCUGACCAGAAAGUGAAAAACUUAUUUGAAUACAUGAUGUUGUACCUCACCAAUCUAUUCAAUGAUAUGAAAAAUGUGCCUUAUAAGAUUUGAAUGACAAGUCAAAAUAUGAUCAAAAGAUAACCUAUUUUUUAUACUCAUCGUAUACUCCUUUAUAUUCUUCAAAAUUGUGGUGUAAUGUUAGUGCUUUUCCAUCUUAUGCAUGUCCUUGUUUCCUUGAUGUUGGUGUGGGUGUACAUGGUGCACUUUCACGCCUCUUUCUUUAUUCUUUUAUUGAUUGACUUGCUUUGAAAUGGUGCUAGCUCUCUAGUCUGUCAGAUAAAAGUGGACUCCCUUUGCGCUGAUUCCCUUGCGCUGACUCGUCUAGAAGCCUUUCUUAGUAGAAAUAGAUAUUAAUGUCUCCUAUUGUGUCUUGGACCUUCUUGACGAAGGUUCUUUGUAUUGUCUUUCGUAUGUGUUUACUGAUAGUUUUUCACCUUGUGAAAAUUUAUUGUACAAAAUUUUAAAAAAAUUGUCAUCAAAUUGAUUAGAAUAAUGGACAGUGAAGGAAAUAGCCAUAGAAUUACAAGCAAAGCUUUCCAAUAUUUCUACCUUUUAGAAAAAAAAAUCAGGAAUUUCUCAUCUCUUUUCACAACGUUUUAAUGAAAUGUUCAACUAUGCAAAUUCAAAGAUAUUAUAUUUUGUCAUGUUAAAGAAUUAUUUUUCUAAUGCUACAUUUUAUACUGUUGAAUAGAUUGGUUGAUACAAUGUGUUGUGUGAGAUUAUUGAUUAAUAAAUGAGCUUCCCUAUGAA